UAAAAAAAAUCCUCGGUGGUCUGCUCUGAAGCUCGGCCCGGGCGAAAGUGUGUGAUACUUCCAAGGGGGGUUUGUUUCCAAACCGCUCGCCUCUCAUGUGCGCGUCGGCGAGAGCCACGGCCGUCAUGUAGGAGGCACGACCGCGAAAAGCGCCGAAACCCUGCGGGCCCGGCGGAUAUUUUGCGUAUGGACGCAGCACUACCACCACCACCACCGAUGCAGCAGCGGCGGCGAUGUUAGGCCUAAGAGUCCAGAGAUGAUCGACGGCGUUUAGGCCUAACCCCCUCACCACCGUCGCUUGUUUAUCGUGAACGAGAAAGGAACCCCCGUCGGAGUCGACUCAGGGGGCAUGGAUCCGAAGUUCGCACCCGGACGCGCCGUCGGCACGCCUUGGACGUCGGAGUGAGGACUCCGAGAACACCAACGCGGGUACCCGGGGUUCUCAGCGAGCCAAGGAGUCGCCGGUACACACGAGAGCGGCGCCUUACGAGCGGCGCCUUAGGCCGCCGACGAGCCUGCGGAAAGAUUUCCAAGUGCUGUUUUUGUCUUCGUUUUUCUUAACCCCAACUACCACCACGACUUCGUAAAAGUGCGCGUACGACGACUAGGAACGAAAGAGAAACGGCAGCCGGGCGACAUGUCGGCUCACUCAGGAUCACACCCGGUGUCAUCUUCGGCAACGUUUGUCGACAAGAUCGACCCGUUCAAGAAGGGAUCGCUCAAACGCAAACAACGCAAAUCGCAGGGAUCGUCGCGCUACCGGUCCGCCAACGAUGUAGAGCUCCAACCUCUACCAUUGUUACGAGAUGUAGGUGCCGGGGAGCAGGAGGAGCUUCUGAUUCGCAAGCUGCGGCAGUGCAGCGUUGUCUUCGACUUCAUGGACCCCGUGGCCGACAUCAAGGGCAAAGAGGUGAAGAGGGCCACCCUGAACGAGCUGGUCGACUACGUCACUGCAGGCCGUGGGGUGCUCACAGAGCCAGUCUACCCGGAGAUCAUACGAAUGAUCUCUGCGAACCUCUUUCGGACACUACCUCCCAGUGAAAACCCAGACUUUGACCCUGAAGAGGACGACCCAACGUUAGAGGCUUCUUGGCCACAUUUGCAGCUUGUGUACGAGUUUUUCUUGCGGUUUCUGGAGUCACCAGAUUUCCAGCCAGCACACGGAAAGAGAGUCAUAGACCAGAAGUUCGUUUUACAGCUUCUGGAGCUCUUUGACAGCGAGGACCCGCGGGAGCGGGACUUUUUGAAGACGGUGCUGCACCGGAUUUAUGGCAAGUUCCUCGGGCUGCGGGCGUUCAUCCGCAAGCAGAUCAACAACAUAUUCCUGCGGUUUAUCUACGAGACGGAGCACUUCAACGGGGUGGGCGAGCUGCUGGAGAUCCUGGGCUCGAUCAUCAACGGCUUCGCACUGCCCCUCAAGGCCGAGCACAAGCAGUUCCUGGUCAAGGUGCUCAUCCCGCUCCACAAGCCCAAGUGCCUCGGGCUAUACCAUGCACAGCUGGCGUACUGUGUGGUUCAAUUUCUCGAAAAAGACGCUACGCUUACAGAACAAGGCCCGCUCCCUUCUGUUCCCAUGCAGGUCAUGAAGGGAUUACUAAAGUUCUGGCCCAAGACUUGCAGUCAAAAAGAGGUAAUGUUUCUCGGGGAAAUAGAAGAGAUCCUCGACGUGAUAGAGCCAACGCAAUUUGCCAAGAUUCAGGAACCCCUCUUCAAGCAAAUAGCCAAGUGUGUGUGUAGCCCACACUUUCAGGUGGCAGAGCGGGCGCUGUACUUCUGGAACAACGAGUACAUCCUGAGCCUGAUUGAGGAGAACAACCAGGUGGUGAUGCCGCUCAUGUUCCCCGCACUGUACCGCAUCUCCAAGGAGCACUGGAACCAGACCAUCGUGGCGCUCGUCUACAAUGUGCUCAAGACCUUCAUGGAGAUGAACACCAAGCUGUUCGAUGAGCUCACGUCUGCUUACAAGUCUGAGCGGCAGAGGGAGAAGAAACGUGAGAAGGAACGAGACGAACUCUGGAAGCGACUGUCCCAGCUUGAGCUGAACCACAGGUCCCGGGUGGCGGGCAACAACGCUGGCACGGCCGCCACGGCCGGCAACUCUGCGGCGGCGGCGUCCCCUUCCUCCCGUCCGGGCACCUCGCCGCCCACAAACAGCGGCGGCAGCAGCAACUAGCUUCUCAACUUUUCUUUCUUCUCCUUUCUUUGCGCCGGCGGCACCCCUCAUGCCCUUCUACCCUCCACCGCCCCGCCUUUCCAAGACACGCGAGGGUCGACGUCAAGGGCCACUCUCUCUCUCUGCAAAGAGAGGAGGGAGGUUAUGCCGCCAGGAAUCUACAACUGAAGAAGCAGCAGCAUGGAGAGGAAACAGCGGCAACAUUCACUUUGCGGGGGGAAAAAGGUGGUGACAGCCUGCUUGCUUUUCUUGAAAACAUUUCUUUUCUGAACCCUCUGUCCCCUUUCGGCUUAACUAAUGCAGUCUUCAUGUCUAGUUUUCUUAGUUGUCCUCUCCCAAACCCUCUCCCUUCUCCUUCCAGCACUAGUGUUUGUCAAGACAAGUGCUGCCCACCGACUCGCAUGUGGCUUGCGGGGCGAGGCUUUCAGCGCAGCAGGAGAGACUGCCGAAAUGCUUCCAUGACUAAAUUUCCGCACUUGCACCCUAAGUCGUCGAGUAUUUUCCGAGCCUCAAGAUCCUGGUUUGCGGCUACCACGACCGCUACUACAUCAGGUGUGCUGUGUUUACUGGAUGCUUCUUUGGAAAGCAGCAGGCUGUUAGAAUUUCUCGUCCCCUGCUUCGCUGAAAGCUGCGACGCGGCCACCUCUGCCUUCCAACGUCCCGUUCCGCCUUUAAACUGCGAUUCGUCGACAGGAACGCACGGUUAUGUUCGACCCCGGCGGCUGUCACUCCUCUAAACUCCCGAGUGUGUUGUGUCUCCGCAAGCCUCACAUCGUUCUUCCCAGCACCCUUUAAGUUAUCUGCCGCCGUUUGUGGGCGGCGGUUAGUGUGAUGACUAAACGGAGGCAGUGUGUGGCAAGUGCCGUGCGCGAGCGCCGGCUUGGACCUUCGGUGAUGCUGUGCUGCAACGGGUGCGAGAGUUGGAGGAAUGGGAAAAAACGACGAGACGCACCACCGACGACACUUCCGUGAAGGAAGAAGCGAUGGACGCAGAGCUGAAACUAAAAAGACGGAAAUGUGACAGUGUGUAGCACGAUCUUUUUUUUUUUUCAUACUGCUACGCUUGCAUACCUCCUCAUCUCCUUUUUUCUUACCCCCUUUCGCUUGCCACCAAUGUCUCGAUAACCGUUGCACCGGACGACAAAGGUGGCCUGGGUUGGCUCAUUUACUUUUCUUAUUCAUGCAUUUUUUUAGGUCUUUUUUUUUUCCUAAGCCACUGUGUCUUGUUGUGCAGAACCUCCAUGUACAGCGAGUUCAGACGUGUCUUUCCUUUUUUUUUUUCAAUUGUUAUUUCUCUACAGACUCUUCCUUGGUUGGAUUGAUUGCCUGCGAUGCGAGCCUGUAGCGAGGUAUUUUUUACAUUGUGAGAAAAAUGAACACAGAAAAGGGGUGUGUUUUUUUUUUUUCAGCGAGUGUCAACGUUGCAUGCACUCUUUGUCACACUUUUUUUUGUUUUUCAGGACAGAAAUUGUUUUGCAGCAUGCUCUCGAUGCAAACCGUGUGACAGAUUAGUUCGUACUGUCCUGUACAUCACAAUCUCGCUGUGAAACAAGGUUCAUAUUUGGGUUUGUGUCAUUGGUCUGUUUGUUUCUUUCCUGGACUGUACGGCUACCACUGGCAGUCUGGAGAUCGGAAAGAGUUUGAAGGAACUUGUGUAUGCUUACACGGUUGUUUGAUAUAAGGUAACUAGAAAUUUGUGGUUCCUGUCAAGUUUCGAUGAUGUAACUGAAGUCAUUGAAUGGUUGAAAUUUAUUAGACGGCUCCCACGUAUAAGUGUUAUUCACUUCUAAGUGCACCAUCAUCCGUGCCGGAUAGUUGCCAUCUUCCUCUGUCCAACCCAGAUACACUGAUAGCGACCUCCGGUACGAAUCAAUUCAUCACCGUCAAAAAGUGCGAGCAACGCAAAACGUUGAGGACAUUGCGGUAGCUUGAAGGAGAACGCCGACGCCAUAUUAUUAGCCCGACUCGCUGUGUAGCAUGGUACUUAGUUUUUGCAUCUGCAUUUUCGAUCGUACACCGAGUGUGAUACGGGAACAUUUUAUUUCAGCCUGAGCUUGUGAUGUCUAGAUCUAGAGUAGUCUUAAUUGCGCGAAAGCACUUCUACGCAGUUUUUUUUUUUUCUACAUGUAUACUAGAUGUGGUGCAAACUUGCGGUAUAAUGUCAUAUCACUAAAUUUUAGCUGCCGCGCUCAUCGGGAACAGUCUCAACAAUGUGUCUUGUAACUUGCCUGUAGGUCGCAUUGUAGUUCAAGGCCCGGAAUGCCAAGUCAUAGUCGAAUGGUUACGGGGACCGCUUUGUAACAUCUGCAUUUGCACGUUCGGUGCGCAAUGAACUUCAUUGCAAACAAGACUGCAUAUGCGUGCGAGGCUGCAAAAGGGGGCUUUCUUGUAUAAUUUCUAGUUGUAGUACAAGCUUUUUGCAAUCCACAUUUUUGAAUGCACACGUACACUCGUUAUUGAUACGAGAAUGCCGUAGUCGCAGUGGCUGAAGCAGAGUCUGCGGGCAGACAGCGUGAGAGAUUUGGGGUUUGAGGAAAGACUCCAACCAUGCAAGGGAGCGCGACGCAGUGUCGAAACAAUGUCGAUCAUGUCUGCAACAUUGGUUCCCACCCCUCCCCACGUCCCCCUUGCCCAUUUAGGCACAGUGCAAUGAAUUUUUGCUUUGUUUUCCUCCGCGAUUUCCAGUGCGAGCUAGAUCCCGCACAUGCUGUCCAGUAGUGGAUGAAUGGUGCGGGCCAUAAUUUGUCUGGGAGCCUAGCCUCAGUUAUGCCAAAUGUGUUAGUCAUGCAUCUUAAGUUAUAUUUCGUUCCUUGAAGUGAAUUUUCUUCUGUAAUACCUGUUGGGCUUGAAGUGAAAAAGUAACUGGCCACUUUUUUCUGGUGCGUAGUAGUGAUACUUCUUUUUUUUUUUUUAUUAGGAGGGAGUAACAAGUUUGAAUGACCAUGAAAAUUUUGCAUUUGAGUACAUUGAGUGUAGACUUGUUGAAGCCUGCAAUGCAAGCUUCGGUUCACCACCCCCAGCCGUUUUCGCCUGUCUGUCCUUUCAUUUUCUUUUGCUGUCGUGUAGUUUUUUUUUAUGAUUAAUAUUAUUAACAACAUUAUUUGUGAAUAAAUGUAGCAAUGAUGUCUGUGUGGAGGACUUCACUAACUGCAAUGCGUGAAUUCGUAUGGAGACUCGAAGUAACACUUGAAACUGUCAAGAAGGAAAUGUUCUGAUCAACAGUGUUACGUCGGCAAUUGUUUCAGCGUUCACCACUUCAUUUUCCAAGCUAGUGACGUUUUUCGAUAAAGGCAACCUUAGUUGCUGCUACCAACUUGCUGCAGGUUUCUCAUGUGUGGGCUCAAUUCGGCUCAAACCAGUGGCCACGCUUGUCUGAGCUGUGUUUAGGUGGUAGUAAAGUCUUGUUCGGCUCCGGGUGGGUAGCCCUUGCAUUAACACAGGCGGUGUGUGUGCGUGCGUGUGUGUCAAUAGUUCUUACCAUCGUGAUACGUCGUCCCGAAUAUUCAAAUCCGGGAAGAUUCGUCUUUAGACCGGUGGCACCUCCCAGAAACUUCAUCUCGCCCGCAACCUUAUUUACAUUUUUUUUUAAGCCCUCCCUUGUUCAUUUGUUGUAAUCCAUUGCGUUUGCUUCUUGCCAUCCAUCAUCAUUCACCUCCUAUAGUCAGUGGUACCUGGGAAGCAUAAGCAUUAUACACUCGACGAAAAUAGCAGGACAGAGUAACCGAGCCCUUUCUGCAGAGGCAAUGAUGACACAGGUUGCUGCGUCUCCUGCGAAGACGUCUCCGAACGAGCGGCAGUCCAUUUUUUUCCCCCACCGUGCAACGCUUUUUGCGUCGGCCGUUUCUUCAUCAUGACAAGUUAGCCUUAACUGCACAGUUUCUUGUGGGGGAACAGUUUCCAAAGACUUUGUACUCUCAAUUCUUCGCAUGGUCGUCACUUCCUCUACAACGAGCCUCCGUGCACUUCUUUCGCUUCUCUCCCAGUCUUACAAGAACUGUUCUUUCCUGGCGGGUGAUGUGUCUCGUUGUACCCUGAAGGAUGCUGGAAGUUAAAGGGUGACUGGAGGGAUGGAGGGAGGGUGAUUGCUUUGAUAAGCAACUUUUCUUUUUGCCAGAUAGGGGUUGCGUGCCGUCCUGUUAACCCGUGGCCAGAGAAUAUGGGGAAGGAGGAAAAGGCGUGGUGUGUGCGGGCGACUGUUAAUAUGUGGUAACACGACCACUCGAAAGGCGUCGUAUGACGUGGCGCUUUACCAGAGGACAAACCAGAGUCCGCGUGGAGUCGUCGGAGCCUUCUAGGUUUGAUUAUUCCGGGGAGGAUCGUGUUACCUUCUUUUUCUGCAACGUUCACGACUAUGCUCGUAGUGCACGCCUAUGUCGCGAGGGGGCGCUGUGCCUCGAAGCCUGACGAGAUAUCGCGAGAACCGGGGGGGAGGGGGGUUCCACGAUCCCUCCUGUUGCAUUUCUCGGUUGCCAUUAGGGACACCGCCGUAGUGCCGGGUACGCCAUCUUGUAACGCCUCCUCGGCAUCUGCAAGAUAAAGAUGUCUGCUUUGCGAUUGGUUGGGGAAAGAAAUGGCGGAUUUGGGCAACAAGAUGGCGGGAAUAUUGUGUCAGGAGUAUCGCCCCCUUGGACUCUGAAACCGAAUGAGACUGGAAGUGUUUGAUAGAAUGGGAGAAAAAAAAAAACGUGAAAAUAUACGCUUCCGGAGGUUCAUUUUUCCGGCACACGGACAGACACGAACUUUCCUUCUGACCCUUCCCCCACCUUUUCCCUCCACAGCUGCCGUUGAAUGUGUAACAUACAAGUAAAUAGCGCAGUUCGUUGAGGUAGCGAGUUUUACUUUUCUGACUUCGUAUGUGUAACUUGCCUGCUCCGCACAGCGUAGGGAUUUAAUGAUGAUGAUGUUGGGGAGAUGAUACUGUGUGGAGCUUGUGGUAAAAAAAAAAAGACGUACGUGAUUAUAAUGCGAAUGAGAUAAUGAUGGGAGUGUGGCCUGUUGUUUAUAUGUUUAUUACCUCCUCUGCCUUGUGGAGAAUGUUUUUUUUUUGUCUGUUAUUCUUUACACCGCCUCGUCCUUGAUUUCCCCGACUUACUGUGAAGAGCCGGUGGUGAAAGAACACUGGCAGCGCCUGCUACACGAGUGUCGCGCGACGAAGCUCUUUGUUUUUUUUUUUAGUUUUCAUUUCGUAAGAAAACACCUUCACCCUUAAUUAUUAACUAUUAACCAGUGACUUGUAAAGCAUCACUUGUCACAAACUGUGAGGAUGGGUGAUGUGCUGUAUAAAAAUGAAAAAGGAGUAAUAAAAAUUUUGUGACAUGUCCACUGA